AUGCUGACUUCGUUGGCGGCGACGUUGGUCGCAUUGACUACCCAUGGAGCCCUUGCACAAACUUCAUCCGCGACGGCGCCAGGACAGUCUGCGACGAGCUUGUCAUUGCCCAUUUCCACCGCGGUCGCCAGCCCGACUGCCUCGUCAGGCGCUAGCCUACCCUCUCAAGUCCAGCUGCCACCAAGGCAAGCAUGGUGCCCUGGUGAGAUCUUUUGUGCUGGAGAGUUACUUCAAACCGUCAACCUUGCUGGCCUGUUCCCGGAUGCGAAAACCUUUGUUGACAAGCCCACGAGCAAGCGGUCCCAGGAAGUUCUUAAUGAGUUUGCUAAUCUCAGCUCUACGCCGACCUUUGGGGAAAUUACGAACUUUGUCAACGAUGCUUUCCGGGGGGAGGGCCUUGAACUACAAGCUCUUACCCUACCUGGCUUCAAAGACAGCCCAGCAUUCUUGAAUAAUGUUACAAACCCUGUGGUCAGGAGUUGGACGCAGAUCGUCCAUACCUACUGGAAUUCUCUCACUCGAGGUACGAACGAAACGCAGAUAUGUGGCCAGGGCCCAAGUGCGACUUGCGAGAGCUCUUUGAUUCCGUUGAACCACACCUUUGUUGUGCCAGGUGGUCGCUUCCGUGAACAAUACUAUUGGGACAGCUUCUGGAUUGUCGAAGGCCUCAUUGAGUCGGAGCUAUUCGAGGUGGUUAACGCGACACUUCAGAACUUCAUGGACGAAAUUGAAACCAUCGGAUUCAUUCCCAAUGGCGGCCGCACCUAUUACCUUAACCGCUCUCAGCCACCGGUCUUUAUUCAUAUGCUCGAACGUUACAUUACCGCUUCGGGAGAUACAUCGAUCUUAGCGCGCGCUCUACCUUUGGCGGAGAGAGAACUCACUUGGUGGCAAGAAAACCGAUCAGUGAACGUCACUAGCCCUACCACUGGGCGUAUUCACACAAUGUCACACUACAACGUUAACAACACGGCUCCUCGUCCAGAGUCGUACAUCGUUGAUUACAUCACCGCCAAUACCCCCGAGUUACCGGCCUUGAAUGAGAGUCAACGUGCCAAUCUCUACGCCGAGCUUGCCAGCGGUGCCGAAACCGGAUGGGAUUACACUGCUCGUUGGUUAAGAGAGCCAAACACCCAUGGUGAUGCUGGCCUGCGUACCCUCAAUGUUCGAGGCACUAUUGCUAUUGACCUGAACAGCAUCCUGUAUCAAGCCCAUACUAUCCUCGCUGAUCUCUACUCUCAGGCCGACACAGCCGCUGCAACCCGUCACCGCACCGCUGCUACCAACCUGAGGGAAGGUAUCUUGGACUUGUGUUGGAAUGCCACGAAACUCGCCUUCUACGAUUUCAAUCUCACGUCGAAUACUCAAAGUGAUUUCUUCUCUGCGGCCCACUUCUACCCUCUGUGGGCUGGUAUAAUUCCUGACGAUCUAUUACGCUCACCCGAAAAUGCUUUUGGGGCCUUUUCCACUGUCAAUAUGGUCAUGAAUCGCUACAACGGUACCUACCCCUCAACUUUCUUGGAUACCGGUUUGCAGUGGGACGCGCCGAACGCAUGGCCUCCGCAUCAAUACAUCAUCUUGCAAGCUCUCCGUAAUCUCCCUUCCAAUCUCACAUCUGGCGCUAUCGCCUCGCCAGCCUCCGAUCAGUCGUCGUUCACUUUGGUUCCUCGGGGCCAAAUUGGUCUCGAGGAAAACCAGCUUCCUGGGCAACCAUUACACGAACAGACUAAUCAGACACAAAAUGCAACAUUGACUGGGGCGCAAGCAGACUUGAACAGGCUUGAUGGGUCUGUUGUUAACGGCGGGAAUGCAACCCAAGGUGAAGGCUGGGCGCAGAUUCUUCAAAGAGAACUGGCGAACAGAUACAUAACUAGUGCAUUUUGCAGCUGGCGUGCCACCGGAGGCGAGGUACCCGGUCUUGUACCUAGGCUGUCGGACGCUGAGUUGAACGUUACCCAGAGCCUCACAAACACUGGCAACAUGUUCGAGAAAUUCUCUAAUCUUGACAUUGACUCUGCAGGUCGCGGAGGAGAGUAUGUAGUCCAGGCUGGCUUUGGCUGGACGAACGGUGUCGCCCUAUGGGUUGCUAGCCACUAUGGCAACGUGUUGAAUGCACCCCAAUGCCCCAAUCUCCUUGAGGGCGCUAGUGGUUCCUCUGGUCAAAACAACGGUGGUGUCGUCAGUUGGAAAUCCUUUUCUUACUUCGGCACCGCUGUUUCGUUCGGUCUUGCUGCCUUCGUGGCACUGUGA